GCCAUUAAGCAAAAGCUCAAAGAGUGAGUCAGAGAGAGACUGUGUCUUCGAACUUCACAAAACUGCUGCAAAAACCACCUGAUUUUUUCCCCUUCUUCUUGCUUCACGCACUGUGCUUGAACCAUUUCUAGGGUUAGGGUUCUUUGCUUCUUCUGAGAUGGAAGAGGAUGAUGCUGGGUACAGAAGGAAGGCCAACAUUGCAGUCGUUUCCAUCGUGGUGCUUGCUUCCCUCGCCGUCUUUGCUUCACUGGUUGCCUUUGCUUACUACUGCUACAUCCGCAUCAAAGUCUCCAAACGCCGCAAAAGCCAGAAAGUUGAAGACGCUAACCUUAACGAGAAAAGUGAAUUUGCAAACCUGCAAGUUGUUGUUGAGAAAGGACCUCGGGUGUUUACUUUCAAGCAGCUGCAUUCUGCUACAGGGGGCUUCAGCAAGUCAAAUGUGAUUGGUCAUGGCGGCUUUGGACUUGUUUACCGCGGAGUGCUCAAUGAUGGCAGGAAAGUUGCAAUUAAGCUCAUGGAUCAGGCAGGAAAGCAAGGAGAAGAAGAAUUUAAAGUAGAGGUGGAAUUACUAAGUCGGUUACAUUCUCCAUAUUUGUUGGCAUUGCUUGGGUAUUGCUCUGAUAGUAAUCAUAAACUGCUGGUGUACGAGUUUAUGGCGAAUGGUGGCUUGCAGGAACAUCUUUAUCCUGUCAGCAAUUCUAAUGUUACACCCAUGAAGUUGGAUUGGGAAAUUCGAUUAAGAGUAGCACUCGAAGCUGCCAAAGGUUUGGAAUAUCUUCAUGAACAUGUUAGUCCCCCAGUGAUUCACAGAGAUUUUAAGAGCAGCAACAUCCUCUUGGAUAAGAGAUUUAAUGCUAAAGUUUCUGAUUUUGGAUUGGCAAAGCUUGGACCUGAUAGAGCUGGUGGACAUGUUUCAACCCGCGUUUUAGGCACCCAGGGAUAUGUAGCCCCUGAAUAUGCACUAACUGGGCAUUUAACAACAAAAUCAGAUGUGUACAGCUAUGGUGUUGUACUCUUGGAGCUGCUCACAGGUCGAGUGCCAGUUGAUAUGAAAAGACCCCCAGGGGAAGGUGUUCUUGUUUCUUGGGCUUUGCCCCUUUUGACUGAUAGAGAAAAGGUUGUGAAGAUUAUGGAUCCUGCAAUGGAGGGACAGUACUCUAUGAAAGAGGUUAUCCAGGUAGCGGCAAUUGCUGCGAUGUGUGUGCAACCAGAGGCAGAUUAUCGACCUCUAAUGGCAGACGUUGUGCAGUCGUUGGUGCCGUUGGUGAAGACUAACAGGACCACCUCAAGGGUUGGAAACUGCUCCAGUUUCCAUUCCCCUAUGUUGUCCCCAGGCCAACAUCUAGUUACCACAGAUAUGUAAUGUACUAUCAAUAUACAGAUUAAUAGUAUCCUUGGAUUCACUUUUCAUUUCCACAUUUGAGUCCAAAGCCACUUCCUCCAUGAAGCUACAUUGAGCAGCUUUUAGCCACAAUUUGCAUAGGGUUGUUUGCAAGACUCACAAUCAAACAUGCAUUGAUAGAAAUGCUUGCUUACCAAACUUAAAUUUGGAUGCUUGUUAGUUGUUAGUCUGCGGUUUCUUUGUAAUUUUGAACCAUAUGGAAUCAAGAUUUUCUGUCCUUAAAUGGUGUAUCAA